AGUACUGAAGGUCGAGUAACAUUGAACCUUGGUUAUCUUUUGGAAGAGGAUCUCUUCAGUAUUUGAUGGACAGAUUUAGUUAAACCUACCAAACAUCACUCUUUCUAUAAAGAAACAGCUGCGCCUUUUUCUUUUUCUGCACUUUCUUUAAGCAAAGCUAACUGCAUCACGAGAAAUAGCUUAGAGAGAUAAGAAACCCCUUCGACAAGUCACCUCUGUCGACCUAUCUCUUAACUUCUCUACCUUCCAAAUCAAUAUUGCACCGCUCAUUAAACCCAAAACUCACACACAAGCUAAUACGUGAUCAGAUUGAGAGGAAAUGUGAAGGAGAAGGGACUUGGUCAGUUUCUUGCAAUUACAAGAUUUUGUCAAAGAAGGCUUUCACAAGUUAAAAGUCUAGGUCUUAACAGUGAUAUAUUCAUACCCCUUGACUUGUAAAGAACAGUAAAACAAGAGUGGUAGAACGAUGUUAAUUUGAGGUUUUUGAGGCCUGUGAUUUUGGAGAAUCGUGGCCGCCAAGAAAGUGGAAGAUAAUAAAACAAAGAGGUUAUUUGUUUUAAGCGGAGAAAGACCAAGACUUUUGAGUGUAAAAUUUAGUAGCCAUCAAUGAAAAGAUCCAAGGAAAUGAAUAAGGAUACAGUUACAGCUAUUAACGUGCAGAACUUCCACAUUAAAGUUCAAGAGGAAAAACUUCCAUUCAUAAUCACCAACCAGUUAAUAUUUUUGCAGGUUGAAGAAUCAAGCAUCCAGCUUGAAACCGAAAUGGUGGCGGGGAUAUUAGUCUUGAGGCUCUUUCGAGUCCUUUUCUUUUUGCACAUGGUCCUAAUCGCCAUCCUAGUAACCUGCCUCACCAUCCGUGGCCUACUCUCUGCCCACAGCCACCAUUUUCAUCCCAAGAAGUGGUAUCCUCCACUCCUUACUGCAACAGGAUGCGCUGGAAUUGUGGCUUUCACAUGGCAAUGGUUCACUCUCUGCAACCCUUCAAGAGCACUGAGAACAGCCUUCUGGCUUAGCCCCUUGCUAACCUGUGCAGCUGGCGUGCUGUUUGUACUAAUAGGCUCUGCUGCAGGUUUAACAAUAGGCGUAAUUGCAAUAGUUCUUGCUCUGAUCCUAUUCCUUUAUGCUUGCUGGGUGAAUCCUCGAUUCAAUUAUGCCACCAAGGUUUUAUCAAUUGCUGCUGCUUCCCCUCCAGCUAAGACUACAACAGUGGUCAAUCUUUCAAUCAUCACAGGCACUGUGUAUUCCUGUUUCUUGGUAUCUGGUAUUGGCGGAGCCACUGCUGUUGGAACUGUAAUGGACUACUUGUUCAUUUUAGCGAUCCUUGCGAGCCUGGCAUGGAGCACGCAAGUGAUAAGAAACACGUUGCAAGUUACAAUUGCACGCGUCAAAUACCUACACUUUGCAUAUGGGCUAGAUAUGGACUUACGAAUUGCUUUACGGGACACGUUCAAAUACUCAAUGGGAAGUGUGUGCAUCAGCUCAGUCCUUGUGCCGAUUAUUACUGUAGUCCACGGUUCAGCCCGAGCAAUAAGUUUGAUUGCGGGGGGCGCAGACGAGUUCUUGUUUUCCUGCGCUAACUGUUAUGCUGCUGUUGCCGCGACUCUGGUUAGCUAUGGGAAUCGGUGGGGUCUUGUGCAAGUAGGAGUUUAUAAUAAGGGGUUUGUGCAGGCAUCCAUGGAUACAUGGGAGAUGCUGAAGCGACUUGGGUUGGAACCUAUAAUUGACAGAGAUCUGACAGGGUCUUUCUGUUUUCUCUCUGGGAUGGCAGGAGGUGCAAUAUGCACGCUAGUUGGAGGAGCAUGGACAUUUGCAGUUCAUAAGAGUUAUGCUACAGAGGUGUCAAUCUAUGCAUUCCUGAUUGGCUACUUCAUGUGUCGGAUAGAAAUGGCAUGGCUGCAAUCAUGUGUUUCAGCUUACUACAUUGCGUACACAGAGAACCCACAGAACUCGCGGCUUGACCCAGCUAUUAUAUUUCGCCUCGAAGAGUUCCAGAGAUACGGAGAUUAACAAUCAUGGGGAGCUAACUUCAUCUAGCUUGCUGAGUACAGAUUCAUAGUUUUAGAUUGAAUAUUUGCACCAGACACCACGUAGACCAGAGCAACAUCAAUUGAUGUUGAAAGGCAUGUGAUUAUGCAAACACGUCAGGAUUGCAAUUUUUUUGUUUGUAAAAGAGAACUUGUCCUGUGAAUGAGAUAUUAGUCAGCUUUUAUAUUCAGUAUAAUCUGCCCAAGUUCUCUUGCACGUAGAUCAUCUUCAAAAAUAUUGAAUUUAACUCCCUUGAAUCAAA